GAAUCGCUUUCUUUCGCUUCAGAGCACAUUCUGUCGAUUCUAUGAUUGCUUAUUUACUCCAUCAGAGUAGUAAACAAGCAAAACUCGUUCAGCGUUCGUUUUCGACUCUUUCUCGAAUUAAAAGUGUAUUUGAAGUAGAGAAUCCAUCGAACUCGAGCAAAUCCAAUUUGUUUCCAUUGAUCGGUUCUUCAAUUGUCUAUGAUGAUAACGAAGAGGAAUUACGAUAUCCAUCGGUUUCGACUUCCAUUUGCGAUAUGAAAUAUGAAAAUCCACCCAGCGACGAUCUUUCUCAGCAAUUCAAACAAUCAAUACUGCAAUACUUUUUGGGAGAAGGACUUUACAAGUCUCUCACCAAUCGACUUCUAUUCCUCCCCACCGCGGGCGUCAAAACAAACAACCAUGCAGCCAGCAUCUUUCUGGCAACAAAUGGUCUUUGUUCUCGCGUGUUCAUUCCUUAUCCGUCCUCUCCCCAAUUCCAGCGAACGCUUCGAAUCAACCGAAUCAAAUCGAACGACUACCGCUUCGUGAACUAUCGAACAGGCUUCCUCAACUUCGCCCAAAUGCUAGAAGACUUCUACUUGUGUCCGAAUGAGUCUUGUUUCGUCGUGAAUGUUCCCGGUUGUUUCCCCACCGGAUUGUGUUUGAACGAAACCGAAUGGAACGAACUCUUCAAAUGCUGUGUUGAGAACCAUCACAUUCUGUGGUUUAACGCUUCCCAUUUGGGACUACGAAGCGGAAACGGCUUCGUUGACUUCUCCCCCAUCCGCGAAUGCAUCAAGCUCCACAUCGACUGCAUUCUCUCGCUCGAUUUGGAGAGCUCGCUGAUGCUCCCAGGAUUGGGAGCUUCGGCGUUGGCGGUUGUGAGCGGAGACGACAACGAGAGCGAUUUUCUCUCCGGAAUGGGAAGAGUGGUUGACGGCGCUUCGCUGUACGGAAUGAAACUUUGCUCGUCGUUUUUUAGCGAUGAAAAGAAGGUCGAGGAGUGGGAAAGCGAAUGUGGGGAGCAAGUCAAGCGAUUUGCUUCGAUCCGAGCGCAGCUUUGUGAAGGGAACAAGGAUUCAUUGGCGUUUCUGACUCGGCAGGAAGGUCCGUUUGCCUUGCUUCCCUUCUCUCGAAAGAAACUGCAAAGCCUGAACGAAUCGGCGGGUCUUCCCAUCGACGGAAUACUCAAUCUCUCGAGUUUAACAACGGACACGCUUCCAUUUCUCCGCGAACUCCUUCAAAGCAGUGCGAAUACAAGUCGUAGUCACAGCUCCUUUCCAUCCUAUUCUUCUGUUUCUUGA